AAGAUAUUUCUUCGAAAGACUUCACAUUGACUGUAAUAAUAAGUUGGCAUCGAUGGCCGCGACAGAGUACUUCCCGCCGCUCGAUCGCAAACAGCGACGGGAGAUCCGCAAGGCGCGAAUAUGGGCAAGCAUCCUGGAGAGAAGCGACCUGUGUCUGUCCAUGGAACGCCAUCGAGUACACCAGCCGUUGCGAGGAUCCAAAGCUCGUGGUCUGCGAAGUCGCGGGUUGUUCGCCCUUCUUACACAGCGCGAACGGCGCGGGGAACUGCGCCCUGCCGAGCAUCUUGCCGUCAACGAAGCAUUUCUCCCCGUGGGGGAGAACGCGAACGUGUUUGAAGUGGACCACCACGACGAACGAUUGUACUGUGGCGGGUUCAGUCCCGAUGGCGAAACGUUCUUGGUCGCAGGACAAAGCGAAGAAGUGCACAUCUACGACACCAACACGUGGAAGCGCGUGGAUGCAUAUCCUGUACGCGAUAUCCGGUGGACAGUCACUGAUGCGCACUUCACGCCGGACGCGAAGGGGGUCUUAUACUCGUCGAUCACGAGCAUGGUCCGCAUGGUGAUGCAGGGAGGCAAGGAAUGUGCAUUCGAUCUCGCCAAGACAGCUCGGUCGUCGUCUACGGGUAGGUCGAUGACCCAGCGCCGUCGGGACUUCGGCGUGUGGAGUCUUGGCGUGAACGCGGCCGGCACCGAGUUCCUCGCAGGCACGUCCAACAACACCGUCGUGUUGCACGACAUGACGACCAACACGUCCGUGUGCCACCUGGCGGGCCACGAUGACCACGUGAACGCGAUCACGUUCGUGGACGGUCCGCAGUCGUCCAACGUGUUUGUGAGCGGGUCGGACGACUGCCUGAUCAAGCUGUGGGACCGCCGGAUGAUGUCUGAGUCGAACGCGCGGCCCCAAGGGGUGUUUGUCGGCCACACGGAUGGCAUCACGCACAUGAGUUCCCGCGACGACGGGUUCUACUUUGUCUCGAACGCCAAGGACCAAUCCGCCAAGCUGUGGGACCUUCGCAAGUGCGUGACCGACGAAGCCAAGGUACAACACCUGCCGCGCCAGUUCCAGUGGGACUACCGCUUUGAAGAGUACCCCGGCAACUACGAAGGCGAGGUCGCCGACGCCCACCCGCAGGACCAGUCCGUCAUGACGUACCGAGGCCACGCCGUCAAGCAGACGCUGAUCCGCGCGUACUUUUCGCCGCAGCACUCGACUGGACAGCGCUACAUCUACUCUGGCUCGGCGGACGGCGAAGUCGUCAUCUACGACGUGCUCUCGGCCAACGUCGUCGACCGACUCGAGCUCAUGUCCCAGGGCGUCACCCGCGACGUGCGGUGGCACCCGUUCAAACCCAUGAUCGUGUCGCCAGACUUUUACGGCAAACUCUGCGUGUGGCAAAAGGAACCACUGGGACAUACCGUCCACGACGACGACGACGACGAGGAAUAGGACAGUUGUACGAAAUAGUUAGGUAUUAAUAUUAAUACUAUUCAUACAUAUAUAUAU